AUGGCUGAUCCGGAGGACCAUUUUCUUUUUUCACAGCUGCGGCAGGAGAAACUUCAGGAGGCUUUGAGGUUGCUUGAAGAAAGUAAGAAGAAGGAAGCGGAGACCCGAAAGGAGCUUGAGAUAGCCAAAGCAGAGAAGCAGAAGCUUGAAAACGAAGCAGAGCAGAGAGCUUCCAAGCGCAGGCCUUCAGAUCCUUUCAGGACUCCAGAAGACAAGAUAGUUCGUUCAGGUUCAGCGCCUCUUUCUGGGCUCUCAGAGGCUUCAGAGAGUCAGUCACCUGCUUCAGAGCCCAAAGCAAAGAAGAGGAAGAUUCAGUUUGGAGAAAGCUUCAGCGUCACCAGUGUCGACUUCAAGCGACGUGCGGUUGAGGAACAGACAGCAGAAGUCAAAGACGAUGCUUGGGCUAGAAUCAGGAAGUCAGGUUUGAGAGGAGGCAGACCACGUCUAGACCCUUCACAGAGGAGAGGCAUUUUCGGGGGUUUAGCUUCAAACAGGCGAGGGCGCUUGCAGAAAGCCAAAAAGGUUGAGUUCAGCGCAGUUAGCAAAGUUGAGAUCUGCAAAAAAUUCAGACAGGUGGCAGAGCAGAGCACUUCAAAGGAAGCUGCGUUGAAGGAGCCCAGGAAGAGCCUUCAGAUCAGCUCAGAGAGGCUGCGAGACAUCUUGAGCAACGAGCAAGAAUGGCUUGAGAUUGUUAAGAACAGGCGCCUGGGCACUUCAGGCCUGAAGAAGAGAGGCGUUAAGCCAGGCAAGCAAGGCUUGCAGAACCGCGGCUUCAGGCGCAAGGGAGGAGGGAGGAAGAAGGAGUUUGAGCAUCUGGUGGUUGAGCUUGGGAGGUGGAUUUCAGAAGAAAGAAGCCACGGCCAUGCGAUUCAGAAAGCCAUGGUGGGCAAGAAGUUUCAGGAGCUGUUGCUUCGAGACUCAGAGAGGCUUCUUCAGUCAGCCAGAGAGCUGAAAGAAGCCUUUCAAGCAUCAGCCGCCAAGAUUGAGGCACAGAGGAUGUUUGAGAAAGCAAAGAGAGCGAAGGUCAUGGCUAAGGAACUUACCAGCAACUUGAGCCCUUUGGAGGAAAAAGGUGCGAAUUCAAUUGAGCUGGCAGUCUUUAGACUGGCAGCUUUGGAGGUUCUUGAGGAAGAAGAUGUUUUAGACCCUGAGUAUGUCAUUGAGUGCCGAAAGCUGGGCCCGCCUCCAAUUUGCUUUGCAGACCAGAUUCCGCUUUGGGCAAAGUGCGGCUCCAAGCGCUUUGUCUUCAGAGAAGGACAAGGAGCAGCUGAUUUCAGAGACUUUGAGGAGAAGGACAAGGAGCAGCUGAUUUCAGCUGAACCCAGGCCAGAAGGUGCUCACUGUAGGUUGAGCAACCUUACAGAUGAGCACACCUUCAGAGAAACAGAGGAUUUUCAGGUCAAUGGGCAGGACUUUCAGCACGUUGCCGGGCAGAAGACACGUUUGAUGUGGAACUUUGUUGAGUUGAGAAAGAAGGAGCCGCAACUCUUUCAGGACCUGGAGAUUCAGCAACAGCCUUCCAGCAAUGUUGACAGUGUCAUUUUGACAUGGUCAAUUCAGGAGCAGGCAAAAGAUCAGGCUUAUUCAGUUUGGAAUCGCGGCAGUUUCACCGCGAUUUUCAGUGAGCCUGUCAUUCAAACGCAGAAACUUGCCUCGCAGUUUAGCAGCAUCCUUUUGGGAAAGACAGCUCAGAAGAUUCAGUUGGCAGAUACAGACUUUGCCAAAGAGAUGAAGGCAGUUGAGAGAAACAGUGAAACCCAGUGGGUAAUGAAAGGAGCUGUUCGCAACGGCCUGUUGGCAGAUGUGCCCACAGUUGAGAAUGGACUCGUUGAGAUUUUGAGUCCAGAACUUCAGCUGGGAUCCCACAGGAUCCCGUCGGAGACGUUUCAGCCGCGGUUGAGCUGGAUUGAUGAGUCAGGAAGACCGAAGAAACCUGAUUUCAAGCUUUCAGGACAAAUCUCUUCGAUUCAGGAUUGUAUCGAGUGGUCCUUUCAGAAUCCUGUCAAGGAUGAGCCAGAGAACCAGCUCGACAUCGAAGGUCCUUUGGAGGAGGAUUUAGCAGUUCCAUUGCAGAAUGCUCUUUACCUUCGUUUGAGCCCAAGUUUGAGGAAUGACUUUUCACGCGCCAAGCUUGAUGUUUCCUUCGCCCGGCUUCAGCAAAAAGCUAAGGAGCUUCAGGCCAGACUCAAGAAGAUGAGCAAGAGUGAGGCCAUGCAAGAGAUCAAGCCAGUGGUUAAGACAAAGAAGGCGAUUCAGAAACGAGGGGCUGUGAAAGUUGCAGCAAAAGGGAAGCUAUCCCUUCAGAAGAAGCUGAAGAAAAGCAAGACAAAGUCUCAGCUUGAGAAGGACGCCAAAGCGAUGCUUCAGAAAGAUGAGCUUGAACAGGCUUCCGAGAAAGCGCCAGUAGAGGACAGCACGACAGCAGAGAAGGUUUCAGAAGCAGCGAAAGCUUCAGCAAAGGGAAGAGGAAUCAAAAAGGAGCCGGUUCAAGUCAGGGCUGUUUCAGAGGAAGCAGGGAAAGUUUACUUUGGUUUUGAAGGUGAAGUUGAGAAGCAGGAGUUUGAGACCAAAGGCAAGGAGGAUUUCAUCCACGUUUACAGCAGCAAGGUCCUUUCAGUGAAGGUUCAGUGGCUUCAGAAGAUUGAGGCUACCUGGAGUACGCCGAAAGAAUGGAAGAAGUUCACUUCGUUGAGCCGUCUCCAGGCAGCUUCCAUUCUGGAUACUGCGGGCUUGAGGCCGGAGCCGUUCGUUGAGAACACAGAUGUGCAGGGUUUUAGGCCGGAGCCGUUCGUUGAGAACACAGAUGUGCUCGUUCCAGCCAUUGAGAGCGAUGGCGAUUUCAGCACGCAGCACUUCCACCUUUCAAGCCAGCUCUUCAGCUGGAAUUAUCAAGCCUACAUGAAGGAUGUUCAGAUCAUCGAUACCUAUCUUUUGAAGCAGAUCGUUGGAGAGCCUUUGCAUGAAGGAGACGUUCCAGGUACUCCUUCAGAUGUCUUUCAGAAAGAACUGAAACGUUUGGCUUCAGGCGCUCUGUUGGUCCUCCUUCCAGUGCAUUCAAAUCAUCCAGCGCACUGGUGCCUUCUUUCAGGGAGCAGAGAGGAGCAUUCAGACGAUUUCGUUUGGAGGUACAGAGACACUUUGAAAGCGUUUUCAGAGGAGGCCCUUCAGAACGCUCAGUUCUUUGCAAAGAUCAUCAGUGGUCCUUCAGCCAAGUUUGAGAAGAUUCUUUGCCCGCUUCAGCAAGGAAGCACUUGCGGCUUCUGGGCUUUAGCCUACGCAGAAGUUGAGGUCUGCAGCCGCUUUGAAGGGCCGGCCAGCAGAGGCUGGAUUGAAGACAUGGUUAAGGCAUGGAUUCAGAGGGUUAAGGGCCUCUGGAUCCAGCUUCAGAAAGAAGCAAUGAAGCUUCUUCAGGUCAAGAUUGAGGUUGAAAGCAAGCAGGAAAAAUUGAGGAAGCAGCAGGAGAAAGAGCUUGAGAAAGCGCAGAAGAGUUUAGAAGAGAUCAAAGACUUCAACAGCGCUCAGGCCAAGAAAGCUUCAGAAUCUCUGCUGAAGAACAGCCAGUUCUUCAGACCCAAGGACCUUUCAGAGGACGGCAAACUGGCAAUGAUGAAGGCCAGUGCAGGCCUUGGCGUGUGCUCUCGUUGCAGAUGGUCUUCAGGCUGCUUAAGCUGCCCAGCAGAGAAGGCGCUUCAGCACUAA